AAUGUUACCUUCUGCUAGCUAAAUUUAGAACGUAACCAUGUGACAGAUCUUAGGUAGAUUUGUCAUUCUGUCAUAAAGACACUAGACUAUAAAAAAGCGGACGAAGGACUUAACAACAGUCGGCUUUAACUUGAUGUCAACAUAAUCUCUAUGCAAACCGAAGGAAAAUGUCUGUAGGCAAAACGUGUGUAGCCUUCUUGCUCUGCUGUGCAGUUUUCAUCGAGGCAAGUCCGUACUCCACAGACUACACUGAAGCAUUAAAUGCUAAUGACAAGACACAACAUAAAGAUUGUAGGUCCAUAAUGAAAGCUGGCUACAACGUGUCCGGAGUUUACAGACUAUCACUGAACGGUACCAACUACAAUUUACCCUGUGAGUUCAAGGAUGGAAAUGCAUUCACUGUGAUACUUCGUCGCUGGAGUAACUCCAUAUCAUUUAUACAGAGCUGGGGCGCUUAUGAGAGUGGCUUUGGUCACCCUCAGGACAACUACUGGGCAGGCUUGGCUGCAAUCUAUGUGCUGACCACUCAAGGAAAUAACAAUCUACAAAUCAACAUGCAAGAUUGGUCUGGCAACAAUCAAAAUGCAGUUUACUCUCAAUUUUAUUUGGAGAAUAGAAACACAAGAUACCGCCUUCACGUCGGCCCUUACAGAGGUUCUCUCCCCGAUGAGCUGUCGUACAAUAACAACAUGCCCUUUUCAACCAUUGAUGCCCCAGAUCCAUACGGUUGUGCCAGUAACAUGAAAGCAGGCUGGUGGUAUAACUACUGUUCCUACACACUGCCUACUGGAAUCUACUAUCCCAAUGGAUGGUACACGCCUUCUGGUUCUAUGUAUGAUGGUAUGUUCUGGAAAGAUUGGUACGGGUACAAUUACUCCCUCAAGUUCAUGUCGAUGACAUUGUCCAACUGAAAGAAGCCCAAAGAUCGGAUCCAGUCACUGCCAAGGAAAUGAACUGAACUAAAAGAUAUACCGAAUUGCAAACAUAGAAUGUACAUCAAUUUUCUUUUUUUUAAAGAAACAAAGUCAAUUAUUGGAGACUUUCCUACUUAAAAGUUAUUCGAAUUACAUUUUUCUUUGUUAAUAUGUAGAUUUUUUAUUUCAUUCAACACUAAAAUAAGGUAUUUUUUCUACAUUGUUUUAAAAUGAAUAGUUGUUUGUCGUAGACAUAUAUUUAUGUCUAUGUUGUUUAUAAAUACUUACCUAUCCUGUACACUGGAUAAAAGUUGGCUAUUUAUGGAUUUACCAUCAUUUAAUGAAAGUCUCUAUAAAAACUGAACACCCCGAUCAGAAAUCCCACUAUCCAUUGCUCUGUUCUUUCAGUGAGUCUAUGAGAGACAGGUCUGAAUUGGACUACUAUAUCCACAUCUCAUGUUACGGAGCUCGUACAAUGCUUGCUUCUAUUUUCUCUGUUAGGGCCCAACUAUCUCUGAUAUAGUAUUUAUUUUUAUUUCCGGCAAUGUCAACAUAGCCUAAUGGUUCGCUAUUUAUGGAUUAAAGAAUUUGGAAGAUCCUAGGCUGACCCUUACUGCCUUUUGAAUUUUUAAAAAAGAAAAUAGUCUUAGUUAUGACUCUUAACUUAUGUCUUGCAACGGUGCGGGCAAUCAAAGUCCUUCAAGUUUCUUUUUGAUUCUGAAGACAUUGUGUAGCCUACUCUCAUUACAGAACCCCAAAAGAUUAUCUUUGCCAAAGAAUGAUAUAGGAUGAAUGCAGUGUUUCACAUGACUACGCAAAUCCAGUUGUUGCUUGUAUAUUUUCUGCAUCUGAUGCAGACAAAGCCGUUGCCCUCCGUUGGUCUAUUUACACUUCUGCGACUACAAGAAUUUACAAAAUGCUUACAUGGUCUGAACCAUUCCAGUUUGUUUGUUUUUUUGUUUUGUUUUCAUCCUAAUGAAAAGCUCUUCUUGUCUGCUUGCCUAUAGGCCUACUGCAUGAUAGAUCUCUAUUUUGUCUGCUUGCCUAUAGACCUACUGCAUGAUAGAUCUCUAUUUUGUCUGCUUGCCUAUAGACCUACUGCAUGAUAGAUCUCUAUUUUGUCUGCUUGCCUAUAGACCUACUGCAUGAUAGAUCUCUAUUUUGUCUGCUUGCCUAUAGACCUACUGCAUGAUAGAUCUCUAUUUUCACUGUUUUUGUGUGUUUCUUUUGUGUUUGUUUUUGUGAGCAAAUAUAUGUGUGUGUUACUUUUGAUGGUAUACAAGUAAUUAAUAUUGUACUAUAUAGUUAUAUUGUGUGGAUCUGGUUGAUUAAAACAUGAAAUAUUGA